UUGAAAUACUUAUGAGCAUUUAGUAUAGUCAUGACUAUUUGCACAAAUAGGAUAAACCUUUUUUGUUUGCAUAUAAAAUGGAUGAUGAAUAAUGCAGUUGAUAAUUAAGUUUCACAGAACUAUGCAUAGACUAUUAAACAUUCUUCCCAAUUUGCAAACAGAAUUAUUUACCAGUUCUAAACAUAUAGUACUAGAUAAAAAUGAUAAGCAUUAUUAGAUGGCACAAAUGUAUAGAUAAGAAUUAUCUUUGGCAAAUCAUAAUUGCAAAAUGAAAAGUGCAGUUUAGUGAUGAUUGAAAGCAAGAAAAAGCACACUUGCUAAUCAUACACAUAAAUAUCUUUCUUUGUUCCAACAAAACCAAUUCAACGGGCAUUAAGAAAAGCACCCCACUCAACAAGGUUACUGUAUAAAAAAAAGGUUACUGUAAACAAAAAUUAAUAAGAAUAUCAGUGGAUGGUUCUUGCAUUCAAGGAUUCCUAGGCUGACUCUGUUUCAUGUUAGUAAUUUAUUUGUACCAACUCCCAUAAAUCAUGGAUCAAGAAAUCAUGUUGAGUGGUUAUAAAAAGGCAGACGGUGGUGCUAUAAAAGCUUGUCUGGGGAGGAAUCUGAGAAAGGGAAGCAACCACAAAUUUAUUCUUUCUUUUUACUGUUUUAGCAACACCCCUAUUGUUGUGAUCAAUACACCCCUUUCAUAUAACCUAACUUCCAAAUAAGUUAGUACUACAUGUUGUGAUCAAUACACCCCUUUCAUAUAACCUAACUUCCCACUUCAAGAGUCACCUAAAGAUACAUUUUUUCUCUCAUUCCCAUCCUCUCUUCAUUGGGUGGGAAUUGAUGUUUCACUAAAGAAACAUACAAUUAGAAGCAUAAAAAAGCAUCGCAUAGGAUAGGCCAAUGCCAUCAAACAUCAUUUGCAGUAAAAGAAAUUUGACUGCUGGACUACCCAAAAACCAUCAACGCAAGUGAGAUGACCCACCAAAUUCAGCUACAAGACAGAUAGCAGUUUAUAUAAAACAGAAGCCUCUGCAGCAGCCACCUAUCUUGUUACCAAUAAAUUUAAGCUGCGUACUUAACUCUCUCUCUUUCUCUCUAUUAUUUUAUCAUCAUCGUCAUCUCAUUCCCCAAUUCUCCAGCACCCUCUUUUAUCACCACACUCCUCUGCUUCACUCAAACCUUCCAUAAACCUCUACUUCACCAAAAAAUUCAAACAUUUUCUUUUGCUUCACUACAAAUCCCUAAGUUAUUGUUGCUCAAUAUGCUGGUUUUAUUUGGGGAGUUAUAAUUGCAGAGCUCUUUCUUACAGUAAAUUUAAGCACAUUUUGCUGAGAGUUACUUCAUUCUGGUCACUCUACUUGGGUUUAGUCUCUAACUGGCUUCAUACUAAACUCAAGUGUUGAUAAUUCGAAAUUGAGUUAUUAAAUUGAGAAGAAGAUGAGGAAGGUACCUUCUAUAGGAGCACGAAUAGCAACGGCGAUGGCGGAAUUCAAUUCACACUUAUCCCCACCGCCAUCUUUACCGGCCUCCAAGGUGGCAGCGGCGCCUGAAUCGCAUCCAGGGGCAGCGGUGAGGUGCGACGCCCAAAAAUGCCCGUGGUGGCCGUACUCUAGCUCGAAGGAUUUCAAGGCGAACACGGCGUUGAUCAUCGUGGUGCUCCUGUGCGCGCUGACCUGCGCGCUGGCGUUCAACGCCGGAAUCCGCUACAUCGUGCGGCUGCAUUGCAGGCGGAGGCGCCGCGAGGAAGGCGAGAUCGACAAGGGGGUUCCAGAUCCAGGUCUGAGUUACGCGGAGGGGAUGAAGCUGGCAGGGGAGGAGACGGAGUGCAUAAUCUGUUUGGCGGAUUUCGCAGUGGGGGAGAAGAUCAGAGUUCUGGACAAAUGCAACCAUGGAUUCCACCUCAAUUGCAUUCAGAAAUGGCUUAUUUCACACUCAUCGUGCCCUACUUGCAGAACCAAUUGCUCAACCCCAUCGCCUCCAUGAAAACCCUCUCUCUCACGGUUAUUGGAAUAAGAUAUUAGUGAAGUUUUUGGUUGACGUGGGUUGUAGGAACUGCACGUGUUAUCAGGUUCGGCGGCUGACGCAUUUUGGCAACAUUCUCCUCCUCGUCAUUUUUGCAUGUAGAUAAAUGUGUAGUAUAUAAAGUGGUGAGAGAGUCUCAUUACGGUUUACAAUGUUUUGAAAUAUGUACUUGUUAAAUGUAGGUUUUUGAAAUUAUAUAAUAUGUGUGUUUUAUUUA